CCCGCCCCCAGGUUAAGCAUUUCCGCUUCCGGGCUCCUCUUCAAGGGAAAGAUGGCGGUGGCCCAGACAAAUCAAGAACCACCGAAAGAUCUGUGUUCCGAGUUCGUCAGCUUUUCUGCUCGGGACACGGCGGCGUGCUGGUGGGCUUCAGCCGACCUGCAGCAGGAGUUGUACCAUCACCUGGCCGCCUAUGUGCCCCGGAUCUUUUUGGGGCGGGGCGAGGGCAACAGCAGGGAGGAGCAGAAGGAGGAGCUUGCCUGUCAGCUCCUCCUGCUGGCUCCUCUGGAGUGGCUCCUGCUGGGGGAGGACCCGGCGUCCGGCCUGGCCCUGCUGCAGGAGAACAACUGUCCAUCGGCGCUGUGCGGCCAUGUCUUCAAAGUCGGGGAGCCGACGUACUCCUGCAGGGAGUGUGCGGCGGACCCCACCUGCGUUCUGUGCAUGCAGUGUUUCCUGGAGAGCGCGCACCGGCAGCACCGAUACAGAAUGACCACGUCAGGAGGAGGCGGGUUCUGCGACUGCGGCGACACCGAAGCCUGGAAGAACGCCCCCUGGUGUCAGAAGCACGCUCGUGUGGACGGACACACAGAGGAGGACCCCGUGGCUCAGCUGCCGCCCGACCUGAUUACCCGGGCCUACAGAGUCUUCUUCAUCAUCCUGAAGUACGCUGUGGACCUGCUGACCUGGGAGCAGGAGGAUCAGCUUCCUGCAGGCCUGGAGCCACCGGAGCGAGCGGACACCUACUUCUGCGUGGUCUUUAACGACGAGGUCCACACCUACGAGCAGGUGAUCUACACACUGCAGAAGGCUGUCAGCUGCAGCCACAAGGAGGCGCUCAGCUUCGCCACCGCCGUCGACAGAGAAGGCAGGAAGUCGGUUCGGUUUGGAGACUUUCAGUUUUGUGAGCAGGCCAAAUCCGUCAUCGUGAGGAACAAAAGCCGGCAGUCCAAACCCCUGAGAGUCCAGGUGAUGCACUCGUCGGUUGUGGCUCAUCAGUGUUUCGCUCUGAAGACUCUCAAGUGGUUGGGACAGAUCAUCAAGUACUCCGAUGGUCUCAGGAGGAUUCUUUGCCAGGUGGGUCUGCAGCAAGGCCCAGAGGGCGAGAACUCCUCGCUGGUGGAUCGCUUGAUGCUCAACGACUCCAGGAUGUGGAAAGGAGCGAGAAACAUCUACCAUCAGCUGCUCAUGAACAGCGUCCUCAUGGACCUCAAGUUCAAGAAGAUCUUUGCCAUCCAGUUUGCCAAGAACUACAGAAGCCUGCAGACAGAUUUUCUGGAGGAUGACCAUGAGCGCGUGGUGUCAGUGACCUCACUGUCGGUCCAGCUCUUCACCGUGCCCACCGUGGGCCGGAUGCUGAUGGUGGAGGAAAACCUGAUGACCACCAUCAUCAGAACCUUCGUGGACCACCUGCGCCACAGAGACGUGCACGGCCGUUUCCAGUUCGACCGCUACACGGCGCAGCAGGCUUUUAAGUUCGGUCGCGUCCAGAGCCUCAUCGGAGAUCUGAAGUACGUCCUCAUAAGCGCCCCCUCAGAGUGGAGUGACUCCCUCAGAGUGAAGUUUCUGGAGGGUUUCGAUGCUGUGCUGGAUCUCCUCACCUGUAUGCAGGGCAUGGACCCCGUGGUCCGACAGGUGGGGCAGCACAUCGAGAUGGAGCCGGAGUGGGAGGCGGCGUUCACGCUGCAGAUGAAGCUCACUCACAUCAUCUCCAUGAUCCAGGACUGGUGCUCCACCGACGAGCGCGUGCUGAUCCAGGCCUACAGGAAGUGUCUGAGCGCCCUCACUCAGUGCCACGGCGGCCUCCUGGAUGGCGAGCCGCCGGUCAGCCUGAGCAUGGCGGGUCACUGCGUGGAGACCUUCAGGUACCAGGUGUCGCAGGACAAGGUGUCCAUACAUUUGCCCGUCUGCAGGCUGCUGGCAGGGCUCCACGUCCUCCUCAGCCGGACGGAGGUGGCGUCCCGUUUCCCGGAGCAGCUCCCUCUGGGUGAACUGAGCCCCCACCUCCUCAUCGAGCUGCCUCUACGCUGCCUGGUGCUCUGUGCCCAGGUGCAUGCUGGGAUGUGGAGGAGGAACGGCUUCUCUCUGAUCAACCAGAUCUAUUACUACCACAACGUCAAGUGCCGAAUGGAGAUGUUCGACAAGGACAUCAUCAUGCUCCAGGCGGGGGCGUCCAUGAUGGACCCAAACCACUUCCUGAUGAUGGUUCUGAGUCGCUUUGAGCUGUUUCAUAUCUUCAGCUCUGCAGACAUCAGGAAGAGAUUCAGAGAGGCCAACAGGGACUUCGUCCAGCAGAACACCCUAAUUGAGGAGAUGCUGCACCUCAUCAUCAUGGUCAUAGGUGAGCGCUACGUGGCAGGUGUGGGCCAGGUGGAGCCGCUGGAGGAGGUGCGCAGAGAGAUCAUCCACCAGCUGUCCAUCAGACCCAUGGCUCACAGCGAGCUGGUGAAAGCUCUGCCCGAGAACGGGAACAAGGAGACGGGUCUGGAGAGGGUCAUCGACAGCGUGGCGUUGUUCAAGAAGCCGGGCGUGACGGGGCGGGGCCUGUACGAGCUGCGGCCCGAGAGCUUCAAACACUUCAACCUGUACUUCCAUCACUACAGUAGAGCGGACCAGUCAAAGGCCGAGGAGGCUCAGAAGAAGCUGAGGAGGCAGCGAGGUGAUGACGCAGCCCUGCCGCCGCCGCUCCCCCCACCCCUCUGUCCGCUGUUCGGCAGCCUGGUGAACCUGCUGCAGUGUGACGUGCUGCUGGCCGUGGAGAGCGCCGUCCUCCAGUGGGCCAUGGAACCAGGCGGAGGAGGCUGGACCGAGUCGAUGCUGCAGCGGGUGCUCCACCUGGUGGGCAUGGCUCUCCUGGAGGAGCAGCAGCAGCUGGAGAACAGCAGCGGAGAAGACCAUGUGACCUUCAACUACACCAGCAGGAUUACAUGUCCAGGAGAAGCUCCCACUUCUUCAGGAAGUAUCCUGGCUCUGCUAGAGACGCUUCAGAACGCCCCUCACCUGGAAGUCCACAAAGACAUGAUCACCUGGAUCCUCAAGAUGAUCAGAAAUAUCAAGAUGAUCCGAGAGCGAACAUCUUCAGCCUCCAGCAUCCCCGUCAGCCCCGGAGGUCACGAGCUCAUGAGAGAAAAGGAAAAAGCAGAGAGGAAGAGGAAGGCGGAGAUGGCGCGGCUGCGUAGAGAGAAGAUCAUGGCGCAGAUGUCUGAGAUGCAGAAGAACUUCAUCAACGAGAACAAGGAGAUGUUCCAGCAGAGCGGGGAGGAGAUGGGCGUGUCCACCGUGGAGCACAGUUUUCCCAGUCUGGAGCUCACCUGUGCCUCUCAGGUGUGCGUGGGUCCCAGAAGAGUGGGCGGGUCCGAGCGUCGCCAGCAGGUGAUCUGCAUCCUCUGUCAGGAGGAGCAGGAGGUGACGGGGGUUGGCCAAGCCAUGGUGCUGGCGGCGUUCGUUCAGAGGUCCACGGUCCUGUCCAGAAACCGGCACUGCAGCCUGCCGGACCCAGAGCAUCACGACCCGCUGUUCAUGCACGCCAACCUCUCCCUGGGCAUCCACACCGCCAGCUGUGGCCACGUCAUGCACGCCAGCUGCUGGCAGAGGUACUUCGAGGCGGUGCAGCUGAAGGAGCAGCGGCGGCAGCAGCGCCUCAGGGGUCACAACAGCUACGACGUGGAAAACGGCGAGUUCCUGUGUCCGCUGUGCGAGUGUCUGAGCAACACCGUCAUCCCUCUGCUGCCGCACACGCCUCUCCCCGAUCACAGUGCCGAUCAUCUCAGUUUGGAGGCGUGGUUGAAGAAAACCAGUCAGCAGGUAGAGUCGUUAAACUCCGCCCCCAGAAAACAGUCUGAAGGUGCAGAGGGGGCGGAGUCUCCUGACGUCAGCCUCACGACGCCGAGCCCGUUCUCCAUCAGCAUCUGCGAGAUGAUCAUCACCUUCAGCAUGUCUGUCUACAAGGUGGGACUGAAGACGAACCCCAACGAGCAGGACCACCGCGUGCCGGUGCUGAGCUGGUCCACCUGCGCCUACACCAUCCAGAGCAUCGAGCGUCUCCUGAUGGAUGAAGACAAGCCGCUGUUUGGAAGUUUACCUUGCAGACAGGACGACUGUCUGAGCGCUCUGACCCGCUUCAGCUCAGCCUGCUGGGCCUCCGUGCCACUGAGAACCGUUCACGCUCACCUGAGCCGACUCCUCACAGUUCUGCUCCCGGACCCGCCGGUGGAAAACGCGCCGUGCAUCCUCCACGUGGACAUGUUCCACCUGCUGGUGUACGCCGUGCUGUCCUACAACUCCCUCCACAGCACGGAGCCGUCGGGACCGUCUGUGGACUCCAGUCAUGUCCACCUGCUUCACCUGAUCACCGUGGCUCACAUGGUUCAGAUCCUGCUCACCUCUGUCACAGAGGAGGCGGCCAUGGAUCAAGACAGUGGAGCAACCGAGGAGGAGGAGCUCACCUGUCAGCUCUACAGCACUCUGAGGAAACACCUGGGCAGCGUGUUACCUGACGUGUCCUCGGGGUGGCAGCUGCUGCACCGCCUCAAAGUGGGCCUCCUGCCGUUCCUCCGAGCCGCCGCGCUCUUCUUCCACUACCUGAACUCCUCUGUGCCGCCCACAGACUUGAUGGGGUCAGGUCCCGGUCAGUGGGAGGUGCUCUGCAGCUACCUCAGUCUGCCCUCCAACCUGCUGCUGCUCUACCAAAGCCAUCACUCACUGCUGGACCCGCUAAUACACAGGUGGUGUCACCAUCCGGCCCUGAAACACACCCUUCAGGGGGGCGGAGACUUCAUCAGAUUCCCCCGAGAGUCGAACAGACUGAUCGAUCUGCCGGAGGAUUACAGCGUCCUCAUCAAUCAGGCCUCCAGCUUCACGUGUCCGCGCUCAGGAGGGGACAAGUCUCGCGCUCCCACUCUGUGCUUGGUCUGCGGCGCCAUGUUGUGUUCUCAGAGCUACUGCUGUCAGGUGGAGGUGGACGGCGAG